CGGUUUUUGGCUGGGUUUUAGCUGAUACAGGUACGUUAUUUAUUACCAUUUUUUAUUACUGCGUGCAUCGGAAUCAAUUGGAUUUUAAUUUUCUAUAGAAAACACAUUUAUUUCGUUUUGGAUUCCUGCGAAAAUGCCUCUGAUCGGUAAUAUAGACCCUUUUGUUCCGAAUUCUGUUUCGUUUGCACAGUAUGUGGAACAAAUGGAAUGGGUUUUUCGUUGCAAUAAGAUAGUGGAGGCCGAUCGCAAAACAUAUUUUUUAGCUAUGUGUGGGCAGGAGACAUACAGCGAGUUGAAACUGCUUCACCCGGGGCAAGAUUUAGAAACCAAAAGUUAUGCGGAUAUUAUUGCUUCAUUAAAGAAAAGAUUUGACAAAGUUGAAACCGAUAUGUUUCAACGAUAUAAAUUUUACAUCAUGGCGCAGGAAGAAAGUCAAAAAGCGGAAGAUUUUAUACUCAAUGUCAAGCUCCAAGCUGAAAGUUGUGCAUUCGGGGAUUUUAAGGAUACUGCAAUCCGGGAUAAAUUGGUCAUGGGCGUGUUUGACAAGGAGGUACAACAAAAAUUGUUGGAGUUGGAAGAUUUAACACUAUCAAGAGUUGAAAAAAUCAUCGUUAAUACGGAAAGUGCGGGCAUAAGAGCUCGUGAAAUUAAUGACAGACGACUAACAGUCGUCGCAAAUGUUGAUACUAAGGAAAGAAAUGUUUUUAAACCAGAUUAUCGUUCAAGAAAUCGUGAUGUAAGGGUUUCGGAAAGAAAUCGUAAUUUUCGUAAUGGUAAUAGUAGAAGCAGGAGCCGUUCUGUUUCUGGUGGUCGACGUUCAUUUUACUGUACCUUUUGCAACAAAACUGGGCACACUAAAAAGUAUUGCUAUGAGUUGAGAAAUAAAAAGAAAAAUUUGCGUGUGAAUUUUGUGUCGAGUCCAGUGACACAGGAGUCCAGUGGUACUGAUUAUUUCAAAAGGCUAAGGGAGGAAGUUAAAUCGAGUGAUUCGGAAUCGGAUGAGGAAGUUUGCAUGCAAAUUGUUACCAUCAAAAAUAUCAGCGAACCUUGCGUUGUUGACGUGCAGAUUGAGGGUUGUUUUUUCCGUAUGGAGGUCGAUAGUGGUUCGGCGGUAUCCGUUAUGGAUGAGCAUGAUUUCAGGAAAAGUAUGAAUCAUUUGCGGCUUUCCCCGUACAAAAAUCAGCUGGUAGUUGUUGAUGGUACCAAACUCGAGGUCGUUGGUAUGGUUAAGGUGGAGGUUUCCAUGCAAGGCCUUGUAAGAAAUCAUUUGGAAUUAAUAGUGCUGCGAAAUAAUCAAAAUUUACGAAGAAUCACUCCUCUUUUCGGUCGCAAAUGGUUGGAUGCUUUCUUCUCGAGCUGGAGAACCGCUUUUACGUCGUCAUCAGUAAAUCAGAUAUCCAAUUCCAGAAUUGAAGAGGUGAUGGACGAUGUGAAAUAUUUCACUGAGCGGCAGAAUGAUCCUGGCACAUCGGCAACAGCUACGUUUGGCAGAAAGAAGUCCAAGGCGAACGGGGGCGGUGAUUGUUUCGGAACCUUGCCCGGAAGUUCGAUUAUCUAAACGAAGACGAGAAGACGACUUUUUGGUACAAUCCGAUAUGUUACCGAGUCAGCAGAAUGAAAGAGUUUUUGCCUCACAAGAGGCGUUCGCAAUUCAAACCGAUAUGUUGUCGGAAUCGUCCGACGAUUUCUACGGCUUUCCAGCGGAUUCCUUCGUAUUUGGCGAUCGAAACAGGCCAAGUAAUUUAAGCGAAUCUGAACAAAAGCAUGAAGCAGAUGUAUUGGAUUCCCAGCAUGAACACACAGCUAACAUUUUAAGAAGAUCUAAAAGAAGAAAGCGAGAAAAGAAAUCGAAUGAAUAUGUUUAUUAUUAGAAAAAAAAAAUUAUAACAUAAGUUCAAACAUUAACAACAAGAUUGAAUUAUAAAAAUAAUAAGUUAAAAGAUUCCGUUUGGUUUGGAAUAAUUUUUCAAUUGUAAAUUAGCUGAAGAGGGAAGAAUUGUUGAAUCCAACCCAAUUAUGGGUUUCUUUCGCUAAGCGUGAGCGAGCAUAAAAGAAAAUGUCAAAGUGUAGGAAACGUU